AUGCAUCCCACGAUCGAAGCAUUGGUAGGAAGAUUCAAUGACAAUCACUCUGCGGCUGCCGCGCGGGACUGCCCAAAUCUACAACAAGAGAAUGAGGAGCUACGCAGCAUUAUCGAAUACCUCCAGUCAACACUUGACACCCGGGAAGAAACCGUACAGGAGCUGAAAGCGGGCUUGGAGCAAGCUGCGGAGGCUCUAUAUCGUUCUGAGUCUGCAAAGCUAUCUGUGUGCCAUGGAGAAACCUGCGAUGAAGAUGAUUCGGACUCAGUGACCAUCAUCACCGAGAGUCCACAGUCAACCAUAGAAUACUAG